AUGGCUGCCCCCGUCGAUCAGAGCCAGCAAAACUUUGCUGCCGCUCCUCCUGCUGCUGCCGCUCCUCCUCAGGAGAAGCCCGCUCCCGCUGCCGCCGCUGGUCCGGCCAACGGUCCGAUCAACGACGCCGACAUUGAGGACUGGAAGAAGCGCUUCAACGAGGUUCUCGCCAAGCCCAGCGAGCAUGUCAACUCCAAGUCGCCCGCGACGGCCCAGUCCUGGACAAACAGCCUGUUUGGCUGCUUCAGCCCCAUCGACCUGUGCUGCAUGACCUGGUGCCUGCCCUGCGUCACCUUUGGCAAGACGCACCACCGCGUCCGCAAGAACGGCUCCAUGGAGGGCUGGGAGCCCAUCAACACUUCUUGCCUCAUGUUCUGCGCCUCCUCCUGCUUCGCCCUCCACUGGAUCCCCAUGUCCAUGCAGCGCGCCGACAUCCGCGCCCGCUACAACCUCCAGGGCAGCUGCCUCGUCGACAUUGCCACCGCCUGCUGCUGCGGCCUCUGCGACCUCGUCCAGGCCGAGAAGGAGUCGGAGCAGCGCGAGGCCCUCCUCCGCAGCAACGGCCCGGCCGCCGAGCAGUACCGCCCUGCCGAGGGCAUGGCUUAUGGCCCUACCGCUUGA